GAUAGUUUCACCUUUCAAUGGAUGAAACAAUUGAAUUCCUAGCUUAAAGAUGUCAAAGUCUAUUUCAACCAAGAGCCCUCUUAUCUCCGCUAUUAUAUCAGGCAUACUGAGCUUGGUAAUUUUUGCAACGUUGCGUUUCUACGCCCACUGGUUCAAUAAUUCCCAAAUUAACAUUUUGUUUGGGGGCUACAUGUUCUCGUGGAUGUUUAUAUUGAGCCUCACCUGUGUAUCAAAUGCAGAAACGCUGGUCUUUGGUUCCGAUUUUCAGGCCAAGCUUGUACCCGAAAUACUAUUAUGCUUAGCAACGACGGCAAGUGCUGCCGGCGUUGUUCAUCGUGUUUGUGCAACAACCAGUAUUUUUUUCUCCCUCGUGGGCUUAUAUUUCAUCAAUCGAAUCUCCUCCAAGUAUUACAACAGCGCCGUGGUUAUCGAGGAUGUACCCUUGCGGAAAAGCGGCAAAAAGAAUAAAUAAAUUUGAAAUAAAAC